CAUUCUUUACGAGAUUGUAAACAGUUGUAUUUUACCUUUACAAAUCCCUUGAAGCCGACACAAAAUCAGCGGAACACGUUGAACGUCAAAACUCGGGAGCUCGCGAGAUAAGCGACGCCAGAAAAAAAUGAAAAACGGUUGACAUGAACUGUUUCGCGAAGCUUCCUCAGUGUCAGCAUGCAGUGUGGGAAGUUGCUGAUACGACCGAAGGAUGCAGAGCUCAGGAAGCACUUUAAGGAGUCAAGACACACGUUCUUCAUGAUUGUGUUUGCAGACGAUACUAGUCCGCUCGUCGUAGGAGGCAAAAAGCUGUGACAAUCGUGCAGUAAACAUCGUCUUGAGAUGCUUCUCGCCAUCUGACAGACGAGGCUGCAAGCGACUCUGACGUACACGUCAGCACACAUUUCCAUGACGUCAGGUCAACAUUAAACAAUGGCGACACCUUACGACUGACGUCAUAAUUCCACGUCAAAUUCAAACAAUGGCGACACCUUACGACUGACGUCAUAAUUCCACGUCAACAUUAAACAAUGGCGACACCUUACGACUGACGUCAUAAUGUAAAUGACGUACAGGUAACCUUUGACGCCGCCCCGGAUGUGUUGGUGCAGCUGCAGGAUGGAAGAUCAGGGCCGGCCGUCGAGCGGGAGAAGAGUUCUUGCUCAAGCAAAGUCUUCUUCUUCGCCUCUUCGGGAUAAGCUAGAUUUUCAAUUCCGCUUCGGGGUUCCCUUGGAGCAGCUGCCCUGCCUGUAUCUAGGUGACUGUGGCUACGUGCCAGCCUUUCUGGAAGACGCCGGAAAAGUGAUUAAAAAGAAUAUCGACUGUGAAGGCCUUUUCAGAAAAUCCGGGGACCUUCGAAGACAGAACGUUCUGAAGAGCCAAGUAGAGCAAGGAUGCUCCCUCAGUGAGUGUGACGUGCACGAUGUGACGUCACUGGUCAAGUUCUUCUUCCGCCUGCUACCAGAGCCUCUGGUGCCAUGUCUGUUCCACGACCCGCUGCUGGCCUGCCUGAACAUCACGCAUCACGACAGGCGGGUGGAGGCCGUACAGGGACUGUGCUUCUCCCUCCCGGCUCACCAUCUGUCCAGCCUCCGCUACUUCAUGAGGCUGCUGGCACACGUUGCUGCCAUGUCAGUAGUUAAUAGGAUGACGGCGCGGAAUCUCGCCGUGGUCCUCACACCCAGCCUCAUCCGCAUGAAGUCCCGCAGCAAGCUGAUGACGGAGGAGGAGUUACGAGCCCUGCCCCGCCAGACGGCGCUAGUCGAACAUCUCAUAUGUCACGCCGCCACCAUUGGUGUCAUGACGUCACGCAUGUUCCAUGGAAGUCUGCGGCUUCUGGAGGACAUGUCCAGCAAGCUGAAAGCUAAAAAGAAAAAGAAAAAUGCAGAGGCGCAGAGAAAGAUUCUGGAAAAGCAGCUGGAAUCGGAAAAGCUGCUGCUGUUCUUCAUAGCAGACUUGGGAUUUCGACCCAACAGUUGCCAUUCAGUUCCAGACACUCAGGUCAUGAGUGUGCCCAACGCUCGCAUCAGCUUUGUUCCGAGGAAGAAACAGCGGUCUCCUAGCAACUGCACCCGGUCGUGCGGACAAUCGCUGUCCAACACGUGCAAAAACAAGAAAUACGUUAAGAGAGUGUGUGCGGUGGACCAAAGAACUAAGCCGACUAUAACUUAUUUUAGAAAAAAUACAAAAAAUCUUGACGAAGAUCUCUUUCCUUUCGGCUGGAAGAUAGGGCCCAGUUUGCUGGAAUCUUGGUCCAAUGCUAUUCCGGUCAAUUGACUUAGAUGUCCACAACGACGAGGAGACGUCUGCGU